CGGCAGGAUGAGGCUGCACUGACUGAUCAAUCCAACACCCGUCAUGCCCGAGGCGUGAGAGCCUCUGAGAGCAGGCAGGGCCCGUGACGUCACGGAAGAGGCGGGGCGAUUCCAUUUCAUAGCGUUUGUCUCAGGAGCGCUAUGGAGCAGCGGAGAAGAAAGGCACGGCGAGCGUAAAGUUUUACAAAGGAGCGUCCGUACGGGGAGUAAAUGAAUCGCUCGGCUGCUCGGGUAACGAAGUCGGGCAUCUUCCCACCGGAGGCUGCUGAUGAUCAGCAGCGUGCCCUGAAGGAACUCAAGCUCCGUUAAGUCACUGUGCCAUCUCCUAUGUGUUGUGGGCACUCCUUCCCGUGCUGAUUUCGCCCGCUAGCUUGAGCACAAGUUGGUUUCACAUGGAGGCAGCUGCUACCGGCUCAGUCAAAGCCAGAUCUGGCUCCAGGAGUGCUGGCAAAGGCAGCUGUGAUGGAGGGGUGGCUAGCCCCAGCUCAGGUUGCCUUGGGCUAUCAGUAUGUGGCCAGAGCUCAUCCCCUUGUUUAGAACUGCAAUCUCAGUACAAGUUGGACGACUUUGAUACCGUGGCUACUGUGGGAACUGGUACUUUUGGAAGAGUUCACCUGGUCAAAGAGAAGACGACAAAGCACUAUUUUGCACUAAAAGUAAUGAGCAUUCCCGAUGUCAUCCGUCUAAAACAAGAACAGCACGUGCACAAUGAAAAAGCUGUCUUGAAAGAGGUCAACCAUCCAUUUCUCGUCAGGCUGUUCUGGACCUCACAUGAUGAUCGUUUCUUAUAUAUGCUGAUGGAGUAUGUGCCAGGAGGAGAACUCUUUAGCUAUUUACGCAACAUGGGACGUUUUAAUAAUAGCACUGGACUCUUUUAUUCAGCCGAAAUCAUUUGUGCAAUAGAAUACCUGCACUCCAAAGAAAUAGUUUACAGAGACUUGAAGCCUGAAAAUAUUUUGUUAGACAAGGAAGGACACAUCAAGUUAACAGAUUUCGGAUUUGCUAAGAAGCUCUCUGACAGAACAUGGACCCUUUGUGGGACACCAGAGUAUCUGGCACCAGAAGUCAUACAAAGUAAAGGUCAUGGAAGAGCAGUAGAUUGGUGGGCCCUAGGCAUUCUAAUAUUUGAAAUGCUGUCUGGGUUUCCCCCAUUUUUUGAUGACAAUCCUUUUGGAAUUUACCAGAAGAUACUUGCAGGCAAGAUAGACUUUCCAAGACAUUUGGAUUUAUAUGUAAAAGACCUCAUAAAGAAACUCCUUGUUGUUGACCGAACCAGACGGUUGGGAAACAUGAAGAAUGGAGCUGAAGAUGUCAAACGGCAUCGAUGGUUUAGAUCAGUAGACUGGGAUGCUGUGCCACAGAGGAAAUUGAAGCCACCAAUCUUACCAAAAGUAUCCCACGAAGGGGAUACAUCCAAUUUUGAAGCCUAUCCAGAAGAUGACUGGAAUAAAUCUCCACCAGUACCUCCAAAAGAUUUAGAAAUGUUCAAAAAUUUCUAAAUGUGAAAACGGAAACCAGGUAAAAUUACCUGUUGAAAUAAUGACAAAUGAACAAGACUAAAGGGUGAUGUUUACCAAAGUGCAAAGGGAAAGAUGCAUCCGUUAAAAUGUUUUGCGAUCAAAACAAGAAGACCCGUUGACGUUCAACUCAUACUGGAGACAAUUCUACAUAGGCACUUGUAAUUUUAAUCUUUGGAAAGGCAACGCCAGGGCAUUCCAGUACCCCAGGGUCCAUAGUACUAUAGUUUGCACAAGGAUUAUAGCCAAGUAUUCAUUUCAUCAGGACAUCGUUGUUUUUUUUGGCCAGAGGGAUGUGAGAAAAGCACCACGUCGGAAGUAAUACUCUUGGACUAUAAGCUUGUUCCAAAUACUUACAAAAUGGUAAAAAUUCUUGCCAUUUGUUGUGCUUAGUAAGAAA